AUCUUUUGGUCCACCCAGUCCUCAGUCGCCCUGUCGGCUCUUCCAGUCGCUCUCGUCACCUUCAGUCUUCCGCGGUCAUGUCGAAGUCCUGGCUACUGGGAUUGCUUUUGGGAUGUGUUGCUUGUGCCUUUGUGGCGCCACGCGCGGGCGGCUCGCCGCGCGUGGCUCCCGCGCCGGGCGGCUCGCCGCGCGUGGCUCUCGGGCGACUUCGAGGAGGUGAAGCAAACAGCACUGGCACCACGUGGGGCGCAAGUGCCUACGCGGCAGUGGCCUUGGGUGUCGUGUCAGCCGCAGUGCUGCGGCGCGCCAGCGACGCUGACUUUGAUGGAUUCUCCUACAAGACGGCUUUCUUCUUCCCAGGGCAGGGUGCUCAAAGUGUGGGGAUGUGCAAGGAAUUGGUUGAGGUUCCAAAAGCCAAGGAAUUGUUUGAGACGGCCAGUGACAUCGUAGGUUAUGACCUUCUGGACUGCUGCGUCAACGGCCCAAAGGAGGAGUUGGAUCGGACUGCGGUCUCGCAGCCUGCUAUCUUCGUGGCAUCCAUGGCAGCCGUGGAGAAGCUCCGCGCCGAGGGUGGUGAAGAUGCCAUUGAGGAGGCCACUGUGGCCAUGGGCUUGUCGCUGGGAGAGUACAGUGCUUUGAGUUUCGCCGGUGCCUUGAGUUUUGAAGAUGGCGUGAAAGUCACCAAGGUUAGAGGCGAGGCCAUGCAAGCAGCCGCCGACGCGGCAGCGUCGGGCAUGGUCAGCGUGGUAGGCCUGGACAGCGCCAAGACGGAGGCGCUGUGCGCCAAGGCCUCGGAGCUCAGCGGCCAGAGGAUACAGAUCGCAAACUACCUUUGCAAAGGAAAUUACACAGUCUCCGGUGACCAAGAGGCCUGUGCGAAGCUGGCGGAGAUUGCCAAGCCGGAGUUCAAGGCGCGCAUGGCCGUGCCUUUGGCUGUGGCUGGCGCCUUCCACACUGACUUCAUGGCCCCUGCCGUGGAAAAACUUGAGGAGGUUCUCGCCAGUGUUGAGCUCAAAAAGCCUCGGAUUCCAGUGGUCUCCAACGUGGACGCCAAGCCACACUCUGACCCGGAGUCCAUCAAGGCCAUCCUCGCCAAGCAGGUCACGGCUCCUGUUCAGUGGGAGACACAGAUGAAGGACCUCUCUGCUUCGGGUGGCUUUGAGAAAGGCUACGAAUGUGGCCCUGGCAAGGCCGGCAGUGCUUCGGUUUGCCGAUUGCCAGACACCGGUGGAACUGGAGUGCGCGGAGCGCGGCGCGAGCGCAUCGCAUGCGGAUGGAAGGGAUUUUGCAGCGUCGAUGCGUCGAGGGUGAUUCGAUUGGCACGGCACGCCAGUUCUCCCGGGGGCCAAAGGGCCGCGCCGAUGUUCUCCCCGUUUCACGCGCUGCGAACGGGCUUCGACCAGUUCAUGGUAGGCGAUCAAGCCACAUUGCCCUAUGCCCUAGCCCAAGCCGCGACCACUCGUGACGGUUCCGAACGCUCUCCUGGGACGGUGGGUCAAUCGGUCUACGACCUCCGAGAGGAUGAGCAGCUGGCUUUGGCCAUGCAGACGGGAACCCAGCUGGGUAUGCGCGAGGGUGGAUGUCACUUAUUCUUGAACAUCAUUCAACCAAGCGAGCAUGAUAAACCAGUGAACUGCGAAGAGGUUCAUCCAGUGGAGCGGCAGUCGCUGGCGGAUGCUGAGCCGGAACUGGCAGGUUUCGCCCGAGGCCCUGAACUCGCGACGAGGCGCAUCGUGCCCGACACGGGGGAGGUCGUUGCCGCAAGUCCAAAGCAACGUGGCACAUGGUUGGCCAACCCCACCUUGCAGCUGAUUUUACGAUAUUUUAGUGCUCAAGGCCCCGAGUCUCCCGAGCAAGAAGCGGAGAGGCCUUUGGCGCCGGUGCCCAGCGCGCCCAGUGCGCCCAGCGCGCCCAGUGUGCCCAGCCCACCGGCGGCUCCAUACGCACCGGCAGCACCAGCUACCGCGCCUGGUGUGAGCUUUGCAAGCUCCAGGAGUGAUGCCAUCAGCGAUCCAGAAUGGGCGGGGAGAGCCUCGGAUCUGCCAGACCGGAACACCACGAGCGCCGAGGAGGCCGGAGGAGGCCGCCGGAGCCACGGCUCGGGCCAGGCGCGAAGCGACCAGGCCGAAGACUUGCAGCUCUUGGAGGAGGUGGUGCAGAGAUCCUUGGACUUGGCAAAAGCCAGGCACUUCGAGGAGGCGGAGCAAUGCCUGGCGGUCCUGGCACGUGAGGGGCCUCGGGUCUCCCCGCCGAGCUCCUCGCGCGGCGUGGCGCCGCCCAGCGCCUCGCCGCCGAGGCGGGCACGCUUCGAGGAUGAGGAUCGUGGGCGGGUGGGCUCCUUGGACGCACGGGAGUCUUCCCGGACGCGGAUCUCUUCCAGGCCUCCGGACGACAGCCGCGCGCGGAAGCUCUCAGUGACGGCGCCGCGGAGACUGCUCUCGUCUUCAGGCAGCCUUGAUCUCAGUCCCAGAAGCAGCGAGGCGACGGCUCUGUCCUUUGCUGCGACAGCCCAGCUGUUUGAUUCGGGGUUGCAGCAUUCGCUUCUGUCGCCCUCCCCCAGCCGCGACGGGGGCCGCGCCGACAGCGACUACUCUGACGACUUCGAGCCCGCGGGGCCCCGCGUGCCGCGGGCGCCCACGCCGCCGCGGCGGUCAGGUGUCCAAAGAUCUCCGACACCACCACGCUCUGCCAUGAAGAGUGCACAUGUGCGGUCACCCACACCGCCGGCCGGGUCAAGGACAGCACCGGCUGCACCAAAGACACCUUCGGCACCCAGUGUGCCACUGAAACCAGCGCUGGCUUCAAAACCAGUUGCACCUGCGGCACCUGCAGCCCCGCAAGCACCAGUGGGUGUUAGAGCCCCUGCAACACCUGCGGCACCUGCAGCCCCACAAGCACCAGUGGUCAGGGCUCCUUCAACCCCUGCUGCACCUGCUGCUCCCCAGGCACCAGUGAGUGUUAGAGCUCCUUCAACUCCCGUUUCACCUGCAGCUCCCCAAGCACCAGUGGUUAGAGCUUCAACUCCUGCUGCACCUGCAGCUCCCCAGGCACCAGUGAGUGUUAGAGCGCCUUCAACACCCGUUGCACCUGCAGCUCCCCAAGCACCAGUGAUUAGAGCUCCAUCAACCCCUGCUGCACCUGCAGCUCCGCCUGUUAGAUCCCCUUCCCCUACAAUGCCCGCAGUUCCAACAACACCCGUGGCUGUCAGCCCCCCCACAGCACCCAUUGCUCCACAAGUGGCUGUUCCAGCACCUGUAGCUCCACAAGCACCAGUGGUGGUCCGCACACCCGCACCCAGCGCACCACCCCAACCAGUCCCUGCACCCGCCGCAGCUGGGUCAGUGGCUCCUCCCAUUGCGCCAGUCCAAGCAGUUCCAGUGGCUCCAACGGCUCCAGUGGCUCCAACCUCCGGUGACCCCAUUGCACCCACUGCGCCCUUGCCGCCUCCACCCCCUGCGCCACCGCCUCCACCGGAGGUGGUCGAAGCGCGAAAAGAUGACGCCACGCUGCAGAAAAUGCUGGGCGACUUGAGCCCCAGCCGCGCGCGCACGCCGCGCACGCCGCGCACGCCGCGGCGCUCGCGGGGACGCCCGUCUCCUCGGGCGAGGUCACCGGGGCACAGCGAAGGGCGCCGGGUGCAGGUUCUGGUCCAACACCGGACUGACCUGUGCGCGCCCAUUUGCGAUGCCUUGGCUUUGCCGGACUUGGUCUUGGAGUCUGAUGUGACCGUGGCGGGAGUGCGCUUGCGGCGCGGGAUGCAGCUCGUCGUGCCGAAGAACGCCUCGGUCUUGGCGAAGUCACUGACGCGGAGUCGGCAGAAGCUCCUGAUGGGCUUGAAGACCAUGAGAAGCCUGGUCUUCAUGUGGCCGGAGUACAUGGACGAGGAGCCCGACUUCAUGACCUGGUGGUGGAAAUGCCCCGCCUGUCGUUUCCCCUAUCCCGUCCAGGCUCCGGAGGCGUUGAGUGGCGUUUCUUUGCUCCGGCGGGCGUUGCCGGGAGUGGACAACUUCUUGGAUGGCCCCGCGCGCGACCUUUGGGCACUCAGCGGCUUGAGCUUACCCGCCAAGCCCAAGCAGCCGCACGCGCUCCGCGAAGUCAACAACCGCUUUGGUGAUGUGACCGCACAGUGCAGCUGCUGUGGGCAGCAAGUGGGCACCAGUGCCUACAUGUGCCAGCUUUGUGGCCUCUUCGUUUGCCCAGUCUGUGAGAAGAGGUCUCGGAUGGACCACACUGCGCUUUGUUGCCCACCGGGACCCGCCGAAGGCAAAGCAGGAGUCCUUUACCAAAAGCUCUCCAACUCCUUAGAAGAGCGCUUUGACCUUUCUUCGGUCUUGGACUUUGGAUCAAUAGACAGGUUCCUGGCGCAGCCCACGGCGGCCGAAGCAGUGCAGCGGCUGUUGAAGCGGACGGCCGGACGGCUGGAGCGACUGAAAGGGCCCUGCGAGUACUAUGCUCGAGCAGCCUUGCUGCAAGGGCAAGCGCGGCGCUCUACUGCAGAGGAGCGUUUCCACUUGUUGCAAGAGGCCUGCGUCGCCCUACAAGAAUGCAUGGCCACUGGAGGUUCCAAUGUCUACAACCUCUACAAAAUCGAAAGUGGUGGCAACUCUAAAACGCCCAUGGAGAAGGAUCCCCGUGUCUGGUACUUGCUGGGGCUGGUGCUGUGUGACCUUGGCUCCUUCGAAGAAGCGCGGAAGGUCUACCGACAAGCUCUUUGUCGACUGCCAAUGUACUACUUUUCUCACGUGGUGCACUUCAACUUGGCGCUGCUCCGCGCGCGCGACGCGGACGCGGCCGCCUGCUGCGCCAGCGCGCAGCAGGUGGUCGAUCUGCGGCGGAGCUGCGCAGCGCUGCGGGCACCCAGGCAGGAAGGUGGCAGAACCUGUUGGAUCUGCGGAAGAUAA